AUGUCUGUAGAUAUCAAAUGGGAGAAUAUCACUUCAGGCGCUGAUGGCGCCGCCCUGGCUGAAAAAGUUCGAGAUUUUGUCCAUCAGAAAUUCCAACAGGUACCACUGCCACGAUUCAUCAAUGCCGUCCACGUUCAAUCCUUUGAGUUUGGGUCGGCUUGCCCAGAGAUUGAGAUCAAAGACCUAUGCGACCCACUGCCAGAUUUCUACGACGACGACGAGGAAAGCGAGGAAGAAGAUGUGCCUGGGUCAAAUACCGACCUAGGACCCGGCAGCGUGCGUGAUAAAGAUAAUCACCAUGCUGCAGUUACACAUCAUCCACAUCGCAGGCCGCAGCUAGCCAGUAUCGCUACCGCUGCACCUCAUCACGAUUUCCCAACCUUAACGGGGAUUCGGGACUUACAUGGUGUAAGCGCUGACCACUUGGGUGGCCCUUUUCCACGAAGCACCACCCCGGGUAUCCCAGGAGGUACAUCGAACCUCAGCUACUUUCACUUCCCUGGUGGUGGUCUAUCUGGAACACAGACGCCGCUCGCAGCCGUUGCAAGCGGCACUCCCUUUACCCCACGACCGUGGUCAUUCGAUCUAUCACAACCACCCACCAGGCACCAACAUGGGGCAUUGCAUACCCCCGGCGACUGGCAACACGGGGAACGAGAACUGCAUGGCCAUGAUGAUCCCUCCACAAGGCCGUCGACCGCAAAUAGCAUUUCAUCACCUCGUGAAUCCGAGUCUGGAAUAUCUUCGCCGCAAUUGCAGCAUACAACUUAUCCAAAUGGUGUACACGAUGGUGAUGAGUCUGCCUUGGAUGCAGUAGCUCCAUUAUCACCGUCGAGAAUACAGAGCAGGAACCCGUCCGACUUGCAGGUGAUCGCAAGGGUCAAAUACUCUGGCGACGUCCGGAUGACUCUGACUGCCGAGAUCUUACUGGAUUAUCCAAUGCCUAGCUUCGUGGGGAUACCGCUCAAAUUGGCCAUCACAGGCAUGACCUUUGACGGAGUCGCAGUAGUGGCAUGGAUCAAAAGAAGAAUGCAUUUCUGCUUCCUUGACUCCGAGGACGCUUUGGCUCUUGUUGGGGAAACUGUGGCCGUCGACCAACAGAAAGAAAGAACCAGCAAGGACAGCUCGAGAUCAAAUUUGCCCGGUCCUUUGCAAGAGAUCCAUGUGGAAAGCGAGAUCGGCCGACAAGAAGACGGAAAACAGGUUCUCAAGAAUGUGGGUAAAGUGGAAAAGUUCGUGCUGGAGCAGGUGAGGAAGAUUUUUGAAGAGGAGUUCGUCUUCCCCAGUUACUGGACAUUUCUGGUGUGA